GGAGAGCGGCGGCGCCGGGCGGCGAGGCGGGCCCGGCGAGCCGGGACGCGGGCGGCGCCCACCCACCGCUCCGCCCCGGAACCGCCAGCAUGAGCAAGCCGGCCGGAUCAACAAGCCGCAUUUUAGACAUCCCCUGUAAAGUGUGUGGAGACCGCAGCUCUGGGAAACACUACGGGGUCUACGCCUGCGACGGCUGUUCCGGGUUUUUCAAACGGAGUAUCCGUAGGAAUCGGACCUAUGUCUGCAAAUCUGGAAACCAGGGAGGCUGCCCCGUGGAUAAGACGCACAGAAACCAGUGCCGGGCGUGUCGGCUGAAGAAGUGUUUGGAGGUCAACAUGAACAAAGACGCUGUGCAGCACGAGCGGGGCCCUCGGACGUCCACCAUCCGCAAGCAAGUGGCCCUCUACUUCCGCGGCCACAAGGAGGAGAACGGGGCGGGCGCUCACUUCCCCUCGGCUGCACUGCCCGCCCCUGCCUUCUUCACCGCUGUCACCCAGCUGGAGCCGCAUGGCCUGGAGCUGGCCGCUGUGUCUACCACCCCGGAGCGGCAGACCCUUGUGAGCCUAGCGCAGCCCACGCCCAAGUACCCCCACGAAGUGAAUGGGACCCCAAUGUAUCUCUAUGAGGUGGCCACGGAAUCUGUGUGUGAAUCAGCGGCCAGGCUUCUCUUUAUGAGUAUCAAGUGGGCCAAGAGUGUGCCAGCUUUCUCCACGCUGUCUUUGCAAGAUCAGCUGAUGCUUUUGGAAGAUGCUUGGAGAGAACUGUUUGUUCUAGGAAUAGCACAAUGGGCCAUUCCGGUUGAUGCUAACACUCUACUGGCUGUAUCUGGCAUGAAUGGUGACAACACAGACUCCCAGAAGCUGAACAAGAUCAUAUCAGAAAUACAGGCUUUACAAGAGGUCGUGGCUCGAUUUAGACAGCUCCGCUUGGAUGCCACUGAAUUCGCCUGUCUAAAAUGCAUAGUCACUUUCAAAGCUGUUCCUACACACAGUGGUUCUGAGCUGAGAAGUUUCCGGAAUGCCGCCGCCAUUGCGGCUCUUCAAGACGAGGCUCAGCUAACGCUCAACAGCUACAUCCAUACCAGAUAUCCCACCCAACCCUGCCGCUUCGGAAAACUCCUGUUGCUCCUGCCAGCUUUACGUUCUAUCAGUCCAUCAACCAUAGAAGAAGUGUUUUUCAAAAAAACCAUCGGCAACGUGCCCAUUACAAGACUGCUUUCAGAUAUGUACAAAUCCAGUGACAUCUAAGCUCUCCAAGUCCCCACUUCUCAGGAUGGGACAGUAUCAGAUGAAAGACUUUCACCCAUGGAAAAUUUGCCUCAACUAACAAAACUCUUCAGGAAGCAUAAGCCUUGGAAUGCGUAGCUUUCAGGAAAAAAGAAAAAAAGGUUAAUCAACACAAACCAAGCCCAGUAGCUCUGACCUGCUGCUUCCACCAGGAGAGGGUUAGCCCAGAAGAAGGUGUCAAGGGACUGCUUGAGCAGAG